GUGCAAAGAGAAAAAACUUGUGGAGCGAAAGGUGGUAUUGUCAUCGUUAUGGAGCCUACGAGAGUGUUGCUGGAAAAGAUACUAAUAAAAAGCCCCGAUUAGUACAAAAGGAAACGAAAAAGUGUGGGUGCAAAAGCUACAUUAACAUUGUGCUUCCUGUUAACUCGUCAAUGGUGACUUUGAAGUACUAUUAUAAACAUCGUAACCAUUACCCUGGUAAACUGUCAGAUUUAUGUACGUUGCCUCUUUCUGAAAACAUUCGACAGUUUAUCCAACAGCGUGCUUUUGAAGGGUUGGAUGUUUUUAGCAUACAGAAGCUUAUGCGACAUCGGGCAAUCGAGUUACAAAAUCAG